AUAACGCAGGCUAUAAUGUUCAUGAUGGAUCAAAACAAUGUUUAGCGGUCAAUAAGUUGAACUGGAGCCAGUAGACUAACUGUUUCACAAUGCAUAGGAAACUUACAAACCAUGAGUAGAACCAAUGGAAUUGUGUGCUUCACGGGGUGGCUCUUAACUUUCGUCUCAGUUUGUUGUUCUGGCCGAAUUCCAGAUGAGCAGCGUCUUUACAGAGAUUUGAUGACGGGUUAUGAAAAAUCUGUUCGUCCCGUCAUAAAUGCAUCCACUAUAUUGUUAGUUCGCUUUGGUUUAAGAUUAAACCAAAUUGUUGACCUGGAUGAACGACAUCAGGUUUUGACAACUAACGUAUUUAUCGACCAGGAAUGGUCAGAUGAGAACUUAUAUUGGGAGCCUGGGAAAUACAAUAGUGUGCGAUCUCUACGUGUUCCAGCAAAAAAUGUUUGGCUACCGGACACAUUUAUCUACAACAAUGCAGAUGAUGGCUCAACCGGCUUUAUGCAAGGCACAUAUGUGUUGGUCAACUAUAAUGGCAGUGUUCUCUGGCCAGUACCGGUCAAAUUAAAAAGUUCCUGUAAAGUUGAUAUUACAUAUUUUCCGUUUGAUGACCAACAAUGCAUUUUACGAUUCGGUUCCUGGAUUUACAGCGGUUUAUGGAUCGAUUAUAUUACAAUGAUGGAGGGCAACCCGGUCGAUUUGACCACUUACGUCAACAACAGUGAAUGGGAUUUACUGGAUAUCAGACUGGACAAGAAUAUACGCACCCACUCCUGCUGUCCCGAUCCUCACCCAGAUAUGACAUACACUCUAUACAUUCGUCGCCGAACUUUCUACUAUAUAUUUAAUAUUAUAAUUCCCUGUGUGAUGUUAUCGGCAUUGACGCUGUUAACAUUUUGGCUUCCACCAACGUCAGGGGAAAAGAUCACCCUUGGUCUCUCAGUAUUUUUAGCCUUUUCGAUGUUCAUGCUUCUUAUUGCUGAACAAGUUCCAGCAACAUCCGAGUCUGUUCCGCUUAUUGGUAUAUAUCUGUGUCUUGUCAUGACUAUGACCUCCGUAUCAGUUAUAAUGGCAGUCAUGGUCAUUAAUCUGUAUAAUCGAGGAAUGAAAACUAGACGAGCCCCAAAAUGGCUUAGGAAACUGAUUUUGGAGUUUGCCUCUAGUCCCCUAAAAAUGAAACAUGACAUAGAACACCUCGCUAAAGUUAUCACACUUACCGAAGAAAAAGAAGGUCUUUAUACGUGCACAAAACACGGAAAAGAUAAGAAACAAAAUGGUACUAUCGGUUCAAUUGCUGCUCAAAGAGAAAAACACCCUCGUUCUCUCUAUGACGUUGGACGUGUACGUCAUCGACGUUAUACGAAAAGCGAUAUUGAUACCACAGAACCACUAGAGCUCCAAAACGAAGACGAAGGUACGUGGCUAAGGGAGGAAGAAAUAAUUCCAGAAAAUGCUCCACCCCAACCGGAAGUCUCUGACAAGUCUCCCGAAUGCGAAAACAAUAACCAUUUUCCGCGCCAGAUCUCAGUCAAAACAGAAAACGAAAAAAACAUCGAUUUUGAAUGCAAACAAAAUGACGAAAAAUGGCCGUGUGCUGUGUAUCAGGCAUUAUUAUCACGGAAGAUUGUAGUGGCAGAAUGGCAGCGGAUAGCAUGUGUUAUUGAUCGAUUUCUGUUCUGGAUUUAUUUCAUCUCCACCAUCGUUGCUUACAUUGUUAUUCUAGUUAUUAUACCUGGUCAGCGACAAGAUGCACGCGAAGAAGCUAGCCGAGCGCGUGGAAGCUCAGUUAUUAACUCAUCAUUUACAUGAAUCUAAAAGAAAAUUUACUAUUCAAAGAUCGGCUGAUAAAUUCCUGAAUGCCAUAACGCAUGGAAUCACUUUCAUACAUAUCUCUACCAAACAUACGAUCCCUGUGAAUAUCAACAAAUCAGAAUCUCAUAUUUAGUUAAAUAUCUUCAUAAGUCCAAACAUUCAUACAGAAUAUGUGAUAUGCUCUCGAAGAUUAUGAUAUGCCUGACAUCUGAAUAUAUAUAUAUAUAUAUUCAGAUCUCAUAUAUACUGAAUCUAGUACUUGUAACUAUACACCCGCAUCCACACGCACAUAUGGGAUUGGGACGCUAAUUGAAUUUCACGCUCUGCUGCGAUGUACUGCAUAUCUAUUGCACGAUGCAGAAAUAACGACCAAAUGUUCAGUUUAGAUACAUAAAUUUACACGAACUAAUGAGUUUGAUCCUCUUCGUUCGAUUAUACAAUGAAUAUAUAUAUAUAUAUAUAUAUAUAUAUAUAUAUAUAUAUAUACAUACAUAAUUAUUGGUUGAGUUGAAUGAAUUCACAGAUUGAAAUUCACAAAUCAUUUACUAACAUAUUGCACACUAAAUUCAAUUUAAAACACAGAGAUUUCCAUAUAACAUUAAGGCGUCAUAAAGGACAUGAGUGAGUGUAUCAGUCUUAAUUUUGUUUUUGUAGCUGCGAGUUGUGAAUGGCAUUACAACCUCUGUUCUAAUUAAGGAUAUAAAUAAAUGCACAUGAAAUAUUGGAAAGAUAGGCGUAUGCAAUGAUAAUGUAAGCGAACAACUAAAUAGGUGAACGGAAAAUAGACAUACAUGAAAUAUGGUGUAAAAAUACACAUCAAAUAAACCAUACCACCUAUCAUAGCAAUAUUAUUACACAUGUGAUAACGUUAGCCACAAAUGUGAUGAUAAUAGUUUACAACAAAGAAUGUAAUAUGCAAGAUAGAUAUUUUAUAUCGUUGAGUAACAAAAUAUAGGCCCAUGUAAUUUUGUAAAUACACACAUACAUAAAAUAUUCAUUAAAAACCAACCCUUACCUAAGUAUAUUAAGACUUAUUUAACUACACACACACACACACACACACACACACACGCAUAAAUACAGCAUAUAUACAUUGCAGAUAUGCAUAUUCUCUUAAGGAUGUAUAUAUUGUGCGCGUGUAUAUACUUAUGCAUGUAGUGUGGUGGUGGUGGUGGUGGUGGUGGUGGUGGUGGUGGGGGCUGAUGUUUCGCAAGCAACUUUCGUCGAUGUUAAACUUAGAAAAUGUCAAUAAAUGACUGUUUGCUAUUCCUGAUUAUUUCACACAACAAAAGUAAUUUGUUUCAUGACAUCUUCCAGUCAUUAUCAUCACCGUCGCUGUCGCCGUCGUCACCGUCAUCAUCAUCAUCAUCAUCAUCAUCAUUUCUGUUUCGUGGCUGUUUAAAUCUACAACUCCUCGUUGACAUUUACAAACAACUAUUAAAAUCAGUCUCAUUGGUAAAACUGAAAUAGUAAUGGUCUUCCUUUGCACCAGGAUUUUAAAAUCUGUGAUGUGCGUCUUGGUGAUAAUCUCUCUCUCUCUCUUUCUUCCACCUUCUCAGUCCUUUACUCCUUCUCCUUUUCUCUCUUAUCGCACCCUUCUCCUGCACACAGAGAUUCUCUCUCUCUCUCUCUCUCUCUCUCUCUCUCUCUCUCUCUCUUUCAUACACACACACAAUUAAUACAAAGAAAAACUUUCACUGCGGUAACGAAAGAUGUUCUGCAUUAUUUUUCUUUCGAAGUUGAUAGACUUAAAACAGUAUUAUUUUUUGGAUGUGAUUCGACUCAAACCAUACGAGAGAAAACAUCAUCAUCAGCUUCAUCAUCGUCGUCGUCGUCGUCAUCAUCAUCUAACAUAUACGCUCAAGUAUACAUAGAAACACACAAAGACACACGUUUUGUUUUCACACAUAUGCAUAUCAACUGCCGCACUUUCAAAGAGAUUUACAUCUUUCCUAAUUUCUAUUCACAAAUUUCAAAAGCUAGGCAUCGCUAUUUUUUCAGGUUUAUAUUUAUUUAUUUGCCGGUUUUCGCCUUUUACUCGUGGCCCAUUUUAUCGUUGCAAUAAUCCUGCUGUGGUAAACCGGGUCCUGGUUUAUAGAUAUUUUUUAUAGAUAUUCUUCAACUUCCAGCUUUUUUCCCCAAAACCAUUCCUUUAAGCCGUCUAAGUUUGUGUAAUAACACUAAGUUUUUCACAUAAAUCCUUGCUGCUAUGUCCUGUCUAUGACUAGAGUCGUCGCUGUUAUAUCUAUCUAUCUAUCUAUCUAUGCAAACACACACAUACAUGCAUAUAUAUAUAUAUAUAUAUAUAUAUAUAUAUAUAUGCACAUAUAUGUGUUGUGUGAGCAUGUAUGUGUACAUGCAAGUAUGUAUGCAUGUAUGCAUGUAUUCUCCUGCAUAAGCGCUUAAUCGAGAUGAUCUGUGGCAGAUUGUUUUUUUCCUUCCUCGUUAUAUUUGAUGCACCACUCUUAGCAUUGCAUCUGCCUGUCUUUUCCUAUGAUUCCAUUUCUAUUUGGUAAUUUUUGUAAUAGCCAGUAAUCGAUUAAUAUUACAGCCGUUUGUGACAUUUAGUCAUUAAACAUUUAUAAUUACAUGUCUUAGUUUUUCAGUAACUAUCCGCACAUUCAUUCUAAAAUGUUCGAAUACUCGUUGAUGGCUUUCUCUGCAUGAUUUAGUUUAAUUUAUUCAUGAUAAAACUUCACUUUCUCCAACUCAGAUUGCUUCUUGUCCUCUGCAUUUACACAAUGGCUUACCUUUUUAUCAAUACUGAAUACCACAUGCACAUGUUCAGGGCAGAUCAAAUGUUUGAACACACGAUUGUUUGCCACAUACUCUUGCUACGUUUUAAUUGUGAUCUCAGCUAACCUUUCUCGGUCUACAAUUCUCAAUGAAACUAUGUUUAUAUUAUACAUCUUUUGUCUAUUGUUUUGGGAAUGAGGUGUAAAAAGCAGAGGCAAAUUCAGAUAAAUUGAGACUAGGUUACUUACUUAAGAUGUGGCAUAUCAAAGUUACAACUCAUUGGUUUACUAAGAUGUAUUUUUUUUUUAGUAUAGCUUUAAUAGUUUUCGAUGCACUUAAAUAAUGAAUGCAGUGGGUAGAUCAUCACCAGUGCAGUGGGAACUCGUUGAGCUCUAAAAUGAAAAUUACUGUUUAGUAAUUACUGUUUAGAAAAUUACUGUUUAGAACGAAAUUAUCAUACAAGUAAUAUUCGUAUUAUUAAUUUUAUCUUCAGAUUAUAUUUUCCCCAGGAAGAUGUGUGGAACUCGAAUUCAAUCGAAGCAUUAUCUGAUGCCAAAUGCAAAAUCCUUUCUUGAACUAAAACUCUCCAGCUCACGAGAUCAUUGGGAAAUGAUCUCGUGAGCUGGAGACAAUUUCGGUUCAGUCUGUUAGAAUUUUCCAACCUACAUUCAACAUUGCUCAAACAGUUUAUGAAGGUCGGCUUCUUAGGUUCAAAAUGUAGAGCGAUAGAACGAUUGUUGAAUUAGUUAGGUAAAUUGAUAUUCUGACAUCGCUAACAUAAAAGAGAUGAAUUUUACUGUACAAAAUUAUGGCGGCGUACAAAAAUUAUCCAGUGAAGAACGGCAUUUCAGCUCGGUAUUAAAGUGUUGCUUCUACAGUGACAAACCUUAUAAAGAAGGUUGAUACCCGAGAUUUGGUACUAUAAUUGUCAUAAUAUAUUAAAAAGAUGGUUUGUUCUUUAAAUUUUUAUCUAUUUACUACUAUGACUAGUGUAAGUAGAAUUGGCAGAGGUUUGCCUGACUAAAUAACUAAAACAACGUCAUAUACACAGACAUGCAGGAGGUAAAUAGACACCUUUAAUUUUUGAAAUCUUUUAUUUGAUAUUAAUUGGUUGAAGGAGAGGUUUUCUUCUAGCUGCUCGUCCACAAUACCCAAGCUUAUGCAGAUAUGUAACACACGUUCUUGGACUAACUUCUAGCUGUUUUGCAAUGUCAGAAGCCUUCGAACGGGGUUCGUUUUCCACAAUUCUCUUCAAACAGCGAAGCUUCCUUUACGAGGGCUCAGGUCGGCCUGGACGAGAAUCUGUUGAUUCUUUUCCUUGGCUUUUGAAUUGCACUAUAAUUCUAUUAACAGUAGCAAUAGGGAUUUGAAGAUUUUUGGCAAUUUUUCGCUGGCUAAGACCAGCUCCAAAUUGCCCAACAAUACGACCUCUUUGAAAAUCUGAAAGUUCUGCUGAAUUUUUUGUGCGUGACAUGGUUACUCUUCACAAAUGUUUAAUAUAAUGGCACCUGGAAUGAAAAAGAAUAAUUACAUUGUAAAUUCUACACCGCUGGAAACAUAAUAAGACGCUUAAAUCAGAAAUUUUGAAAAUUAAAGGUGUCUAUUUAUUACCUGCAUGUCUGUGUACAUAUGUACACACACACACACACACACACACACACACACACACACACACACACACACACACACACACACAUAUAUAUAUAUAUAGAUAUUGGGACAUGCUCUAGAUGAAAGAAGAUAAACUUCACCUGAAAAUUGAUAAGCCUCCAAUCUUAGAUGCUACCUAUCCCCGAUAGAAACCAGUUUUUCUGCUUUCUCUGAAUCUUGUUUUCAUUAAAUUGGAAUACUCUUGUACUAUUAACUUUCGUUAUAUUUUCAUCAUCUUUGUAUGACUGCUUCUUGGAAACAUUAUUUAUUCUUAUACGACUUAAAUACGUGCUGGCAUUCGUUUUUCUAUAGUUUUCAUCUUCACAGAAGAAAAAAGGGAAAAUAACAUUUACAUACAUAUACACGAAAAUAUUAUUCUCUCCUCUAAAUUUUAUUUUUUAACACAUAUAUAUAUAUAUAUAAUAUAUAAUUUUGGAGUAAGAGUUGACAAAAUACCAUCGGAGAAAAUACCUUGCGGUGUUUAGUUCCGAUUCGUUAUGUUCUGUAUUCAAAUCUCGUCGAGGUCAAGUUUGGCUUUUAUCUUUCUGGUGUCGUCGAUGAAAUAAAGUACCUGACAAGAAUUAAGCACGAUUCAAUAUUCCUAUAGUUCUAUAAAACAUCCUUGUACAAUUCCAUGUGAAUGGAAUUGUAAUUGAAGCAAAGAUCUACCUUAGCUAGUCAAGUGAAAAGCGCAUAUUCACCAGAAAUUGUUAAAUAUUUACUAGUUUUAUUAAACUCACCAUUACCUUUCGGAAAUUAAUGGAAGUGACUGACUACCGUUUAUAUUUCUCCAAUAACUCAGUCGGAUGGUCGAAAUUCUAUCUUCAUUGUUUCUGCGGCACUUUUGUAGUUAAUAUUUCAAUUACCAUGGUUUCAUCACAAUUGUCUGAAGUGCGUACAAUUAAUUUCAUCAUGAUUAAGAUGAGGAGGAUGGUGAUGCUGAUGAUUAUCACCAUCAUCAACACCACCUUCUUUCUAUUUCUUCUGCACCUUCUCUUUCUAUUUUUUCUUCCUCGUUUUCAUCAUCAUCAUUAUCAUCAUCAUGACACCUAUUGUUCCUAUUUUAUUGUUUUCACAUAUUCAAAAAUAAAUUACAUAAAAUUUCAGAUAUAUAAAAAAAAGAAUAGAUGAAGUUUCUAAUUCUGACAUUUUAAAACCUAGUUUAUUCUAAAAUACAUCGUAAUAAAUGCUAAUUUCUUGCCAUGUGACAGCAAUUACAGUAAACGAACAUCACCAGACAGGAUUAUAGAAAAGCAUUUGUGUGAAGUCGAAUAAUAAGUAAAUCACUGUUACCAGAAGGAGAGUUCCUUGGCUCGAAUUAGUAAAAGAAAGAAAAUAAAUCUCAGAUAUCCAGAGAGCAAGCAAUAACGAACUGAAAUUGAAAUAAUAUAUAUAUAAACUUUAAAUAUUUUCUGUCUGAUAUCGUCAAAUACAUUUUAUUGAAAUAUAUUUUGAUAACUGACACACAAUAAGAAAUAAGCCUAAUAAUAAUAAUAAUAAUAAUAAUAAUAAUAAUAAUAAUAAUAAUAAUAAUCCUAUGGAAUUUUAUGAUUUAGUGCGACCAUUAGAUAGAUAAUAAGAAGCCAGAUAUAGUGUUAAUUGAGAAAGAAAGCAAACGAUGCUGGAUCAUAGAUAUAGCAUGCUCCGCUGACAAUAAGGGAUGCGAUAAGGAAGAAAGAAAAGUCGAUAGAUACAACAGGUUAACUUGGGAGAUUAAGCAGUUGUGGUCGCUGAAAAAGGUGGUAGUAGUAAAAUUAAUUGUCGGGGCCCUGGAACCGCUCGAAUACUCCGGAUGGUGCUCACAAAAUAAGGGGUGUUACCUUAGUUCACUGGUAGUGAACAGCCGACACCGUAGUAAAUCUCCAGCGUUACAAAAAUUGUGCAAAGACAAUAAAAUAAUGAUAAUAAUAAUUCUUACGUUGAUAUGUAAAAAAGUAAAUGAAAAUAAUAAAGCUGUUAUGUAUUUUAUGAUGAAAUGUUGAUAUGUCAAAUAGAUUUUUAUAGAGACGAAACUUAACACAAAAUCUCUGAUACAACCUAUAGAUAUAUUCUAAAAGCAAUGUUAACGUAAGUUUUGCGGGACAUACAAGCCGAACACUGUAUUUUAUGCCAAUAUGUAUUCAUAAAUAUUCUAUCAAUUGAUAUAGUAGUUACCAAUAAAUGCUGAAGUGAUCAAUUA